AUGGCCGCGAUAGAUUCGACGUCGGGCACCUCGCCUCUCAUUCAGCCUGAUCCACCACUCGCCUCAGCCAAUACUUCUCCCGCCUUUGAUCCAGCGGAAGUGACUGUGGUCUACAUCCUAGGUGGUCCGGGUUCUGGAAAGGGCACACAAUCUGCAAAUUUGGGCCGAGACUACGGGUUCAUACACUUGUCGGCAGGUGACCUCUUGCGGGAGGAGCAGAAUAACGAAGGAAGCGAAUAUGGACAGCUGAUCAAAGAUUAUAUCAAAGAUGGACUGAUCGUGCCGAUGGAGAUCACCGUCAAAUUAUUGGAAAAUGCCAUGCGAUCGAAACUUGAUAGCAAUGGUAGGGGCAAGUUCUUGAUUGAUGGUUUUCCUCGCAAGAUGGAUCAAGCUAUCUUUUUCGAGGAGUCGGUCUGCCCCUCGAAAUGUACUCUGUUCCUCGAUUGCCCAGAGGAGGUUAUGCGAGAACGCCUGCUGAACCGAGGGAAAACCAGUGGCAGAUCAGAUGACAACGAGGAGAGCAUAGUCAAGAGGUUCAGAACGUUUGUUGAGACGAGCAUGCCCGUAGUAGACCAUUUUGCGGAAGAGGACAGGGUGAUCAAGGUCUCUGCGGUCGGCUCGGUUGAAGAGGUGUAUGAGAAUGUGGUCAAGGGUUUGGCUGAGAAGGGAAUAUCCCCGUCCAAAUAA